AUGCCAAAGGACAAGACUGAAAAGGCCAGUAGCCUAAGUUUCGUCAAGGAAGGCGAUGCAGACAUUGAAGUUCAAUUGUUACGAGAAAAACAGGAACGAGCUAGGCUUGACACCGAUUACAAGACUAAAGAACGACUCACGCUUCAAGAUCAGCUGAGACUGAAUGCGAUCACGAAGCAGGAAGAAUUUGGAGCACUCGUAAAGGACCGCAAUAGUUUUAACCGGCUAAGCUCAGAGGACAUAGAGUUUUAUGAAAAUCUGCGGAAGAAAGCAGACCUGGCACACCGAGAUAUGGAGCAGUUCUUAGAUCGCCAAGCUCGAGAAUUCGAACAGAAGAAAGUGCGGGAACUAGCGCAGUCCAAAAUGGAUUCGCUCGGGAGGCCCACUCGGCCCAUUGACGUUCAAAAAAGAAUAAAAAUGCCAGCCAAGGUUUCGAAACAAAAGUCUAAUACGAAGCCUGGGCUAAAAGGCAUAAUCAAGAAGAAGCAUACCAAAACUCCAAAGCCGUCGACCGAGUCCGAAGAAGGCCAUAGUUGA